AUGCCGGCUAUUAUUGACAGACUGAGCCGCGUCCUGCGGGACCCGUCCCUCGAAGGGUCUCAAUAUUUUCGCAACGCCCUUAUCUUAGCUGCUUCCGUCGCGCUGGGGACAGCCAUUAUCCUCCCAACCGCAAUCCGCGACUAUCGCAUUUUCAAAUCCUACGGCCAGGGCGGACCCCCGAGCAAUGUCCUCGGCUGGAUUGUCGUGCGCGGCCUGUUCCAACCCUUAGGCCGGGAAAUGUUCAGCACGGCCGAGUACGAACGUGCCGAACAGCAGCAACAAGGAUUCCUGGCUCUAUCGGCAGAGCAACUCAGCUCGAGGAGUGUGUCUGACCGACCUGUUGUAGGACCGCAUGUUGCGCCGCAGAGGCAGUUGACGCAGAUUCCGGAUCCUGCCAUUAUGGAUAUAAUGCGUGAAGAAUUCUUCACUUUCGCAAAGCGAAACACCCACAUUGUCAAAGUGUCCGAGUCUCUGGCGGAGGGGCACACAGAAGCAAUCUUCCUCGCUGAUCAUAUGCCCGCCUCGCCGAUUUUCAAAGCUACAAGAGGGGAGAUAGCACAUGUGCAUACGGGCAAAGAUCAUUCAUUGCACAUGGUUCUGUCACCCGUUGAUUGCAAAAAGCUUAUCGAAGCAGGAUGGGCCCAGCGUCACGCUUUCUCUGGUGCUUGGGCAAUGUCUCUUUUGAGCUUUGGGGCACGAUCAAAUAUUCCCUCCGAGUAUAUAUUGAUUUAUGCGCCGCGUACGGAGGCGGAGGUUGAGACUAUUAUGGCUAUCGUCGUGGCGAGUGUUAAGUUUGCUACUGGGACACAUGACAUAAGGUGA